AUGUCUAGAUCGACAUCUAGACCUAGAGAAACAUUUUCGUUAAUCACACCUGCAUGUCAUUGUGGGACUCAUGAUUGUAAAACUGAUGAAGACACUGAAAAUACCACUCUUAAAAGUUCGUUUGGAGAUAAAAAAGAUACUAGUAGUAGACUUGAACCUAGAGCAACAAGAAGUCAAACUCGAUCAGAGGGCGGUGUUAAACAAUUAAAUGAUACUAAACUGUCUGAUGGAAAGAAAGAACGUGAAAGCUUGCGACAACAAAAUGUGGAAUCUCAAAUUAAAGAACCUAAUUUAAUUGACAAUGAUCUGCUUGAUAUAGAUCAAAUUGAAGUUGAACCAUUAUCAUCCGUUCGAGAUGAAAUACAAACUCCAACUUCUUUUAAAAUAACACGGUCUUCCUUGCAAAGACUUCGUCUAUCAAAUCCUGGAGAUAAUUUAUUGACAAAUAAUAAAGUUAAUAGUAAAGAAACAAGUAAUAAAAUGGCAGAGAAAAUACCUGUACAUCCAAAUCAUAAAUGCUUGUCGACCAAAAUCAAAGACGAUGCUUUUGUUGGUGGGUAUGCUUGUAAAGAUGCUAUUUCGUUACGCAAAGGUAGCCUAUUUUGGCCUGCCGAUGAAGUUAUUAUUAUUGAUGAUGAUAUAAAUAUUAACGAAGAUAAUAGGACAACAAUGAAUGUGAAGGAGUUAUUAAGUAAAGUUGAAUCAAAAACCUUCUCUUCUACUGUUUCAAGUAAUUCAAAAUCAACCACACUUCAAUUGGAUGAAAAAAUAAAUAAAAAUGAUAAAACACCAUGGAAUAUGUUUGGAAAAGCCCAAAAUAUUUUAGAUACUACAAAAAAACAGAGUCUUCAAGAUAGUGUAACGAAAAGUAGAACAAAUAGUAACAUAAAUGAGUCCAACAACCAAUUCAUUAAAGAACUAGAUUUUGAUUUUGAUCAAUCGAUCUCUCAAACAUCUUUGUCUGAAUUAUAUAAUGGUGUUGAAGAAAUUGUCGAAAUGCACUCUUUUGAUAAUGAAGAAUUAAAUUCAUUGAUUGAAUGUGGUUCGUUAGAUAGUAAUGAAACGGAGGAACGUAUAGAUACAGUUGGUUUGGAUCAAGGUGAUUCUUCUGUAAGUGAAGAUCAAAGCUCUACAGUAUCAGUCGCUGGAAUACCUGUUUUACAGGGUGUAAUAUCAGACGAGAACUCGCAGUCAACAUCAUUAAAUAGAGCACGAGUAGAUAAUAUAACAACCCUUGGGUCUUUUAAUCAAAUCAAUAAAUCUGAUUUAUCUGCUUCGAAGAAACAGAUAUCCAAGACCCCGGUUUCAGCAGUUAAAAAUGGAUCGAAAGCAAAUUCAAGUGUUGUUAAUCUAUUAAGUGACGGUGAAACUGAUGAAGACACUAAAAAUAACUCUCUUAAAAGUUCGUUUGGAGAUAAAAAAGAUACUAGUAGUAGACUUGAACCUAGAGCAACAAGAAGUCAAACUCGAGCAGAGGGCGGUGUUAAACAAUUAAAUGAUACUAAACUGUCUGAUGGAAAGAAAGAACGUGAAAGCUUGCGACAACAAAAUGUGGAAUCUCAAAUUAAAGAACCUAAUUUAAUUGACAAUGAUCUGCUUGAUAUAGAUCAAAUUGAAGUUGAACCAUUAUCAUCCGUUCAAGAUGAAAUACAAACUCCAUCUUCUUCUAAAAUGACACGGUCUUCCUUGCAAAGACUUCGUCUAUCAAAUCCUGGAGAUAAUUUAUUGACAAAUAAUAAAGUUAAUAGUAAAGAAACAAGUAAUAAAAUGGCAGAGAAAAUACCUGUACAUCCAAAUCAUAAAUGCUUGUUGGGCAAAACCAAAGAGGAUGUUUCUGUUAAUGUUUCUGUGAAUGCUUGUGAACAUGCUAUUUCGUUACGCAAAGAUAGCCGAUUUUUGCAAAAUACAAUGACUACAUCUGAUAGUAAACCAGUGAAACAAAAAGGAGUAAUUGUAGUGGUUAAUAAAAUCAAGAAACCGUGUAACCUGAAAUCUGCUUCAGAGCAGAUAAAUAAAACUAAUGAUAUUCAAAUCUCAAACACCGAUGUUAAUGAACCUAUUAUAUUGAAUAAUAGUUCCCCUAAUGAGGUUAAGUUAAUUGAUAGUAGUUGUUCAUUACCUGCCGAUGAAGUUAUUAUUAUUGAUGAUGAUAUAAAUAUUAACGAAGAUAAUAGGACAACAAUGAAUGCGAAGGAGUUAUUAAGUAAAGUUGAAUCAAAAACCUUCUCUUCUACUGUUUCAAGUAAUUCAAAAUCAACCACACUUCAAUUGGAUGAAAAAAUAAAUAAAAAUGAUAAAACACCAUGGAAUAUGUUUGGAAAAGCCCAAAAUAUUUUAGAUACUACAAAAAAACAGAGUCUUCAAGAUAGUGUAACGAAAAGUAGAACAAAUAGUAACAUAAAUGAGUCCAACAACCAAUUCAUUAAAGAACUAGAUUUUGAUUUUGAUCAAUCGAUCUCUCAAACAUCUUCUGAAUUAUAUAAUGGUGUUGAAGAAAUUGUCGAAAUGCACUCUUUUGAUAAUGAAGAAUUAAAUUCAUUGAUUGAAUGUGGUUCGUUAGAUAGUAAUGAAAUGGAGGAACGUAUAGAUACAGUUGGUGUGGAUCAAGGUGAUUCUUCUGUAAGUGAAAGUGAUUCAACUAUUGGUGCUUUUGAUACCUUUAAUCAGAUCACUAGAUUACAACAACAGUCAUUUACUACAAAAGACAUUGAAGAUAUCAAAGAAUCAAAGACUACAAACCAAGGAGUAAAUCAUUUGAAAGGGAGUUUUUGUCAGUCUGAGGAAAUUUAUGACGGUCAAAGCUCUACAGUAUCAGUCACUGGAAUACCUGUUUUACAGGGUGUAAUAUCAGACGUAAGCAUACAAAAACGAAGAACAAGUACCAUUAAACCAAUAAAUAUUAAAUUUCCGCCAUGCAUUACUGUAACAAAUAUUACAUCUGAAGUUAAAGAAUUAAAGAAAAAAGAAGAGAAUGAAAGAAAGAUAAAAGAAUUACAAGAAAAAAUAAAAAUUGAAGAAGAGCGAAAAAGACUUGAAAAAAUAGAAGAAGAAGAAAAGGAAAUGGAUAGAAUAGCAAUGGACAAAAAGAUACAAGAAUUUUAUGCAAGCAUUAGUAAAGAAUCGACAUCUGAUGAAAAUAAUCAAUUAGCUAUGAGCGUAUUAGUUAAAGAGGAAAUUAAAGAAGAAAUAAUUGAUGAAGAUAUUUGUUUAAAAAAUGAAUAUAGCGAACGUAAUGAAUUCAACGAAUAUAAUCCAAUAUACGAUCAAUAUAAUGAAUAUAAUGAAUACAAUGAAAACAAUGAAAACAAUAGAACCAAUGAAUACAUCGAAAACAUUAAAAAUAAUGAAAACAAUACAUAUUAUAAUGAAUUUAAUACUGAAUCUGUUCAAGUACAUAGAGGAUAUUUGGAGUUCCAAAUACAAUCCAUUGAGGAAGCUGAAAAACAAAGAGUUGUGGAAGCUGAAAUACAAAGAUCUAAUAAAGAUGAGAAACUAAGAGCUGAUGAAAUUAUAUCUAGAAAAUGUGUAGAAGCAGAAAUGAAAAGAGUUGAAGACGUUGAAUUAGAAAUAUUGAAUAACGAUAUGAUAAAAAUAGCUAAAGAAGUUGAAACAAAAAAACAUAAGGAAGCCGAAUUAAGAAAAAAUAUUGCUGUUGAAGAAACAAAUGUAAAAGAAUUAGGUAAGAGAUCUACUUUGAAGCAAGUCAAAGACCAAAGAUAUAAUCGAUCAUUUGGUCAUUCAGAGGACAAUUUGGUAAAGAAUUAUGGAGUUGUUUCUCCUGUACAUUUUAAGAAAAGCAACGAGCAUGUAGGAAAUGAUACAAAUAUAGAACAAGAAUUGAUUGAAAGUAGAAAAGCGCCUACAAAUAAUGAAUUUGAAACCUUUUAUCUAAGUGAACUAGGAAGAAGGAAGUAUAUGGGAUCUGGAGUAAAAACCUCUAAAGAAAUAGAAACAAAUUCAGCUGAAGUUAAGAUGAUCACAAGGACAAAUGGACUAAUGGUUGAAGAAAACCUUAAAAAAUCAUAUGUUUCUAAAAACGUAUCUACUAAACUACGACCACAAAUAAAAUCUUCCGGAUCCUCAUCAUCUAGUGCAAAUCCAACUAGAGUCGAGAAUCCAUCAAUUUCUAUUUAUGAGUUUAAAAAACAAACUAGGAAUACAGAUGACAAUAGUAAACGGAAUACUACUUCAAAUACAUUAUAUGAUAAAAAGAACAAUAGAGAUAUAAACAUUGACCCUAGUGUCAGUGUUAGAAACGUCAUACACGAAGUACAUCAACGAUCAGUUAACAAUUUUAUAAAGCAACAAGAUAUUAAGCCAACACAUAACCAAAUUCAAAAACAAAUUGUAACUACAACUCACAUAGAUAAGCCACCUCCUAAGAAACGAGGCCGCAAAAGUAAAAUUGAUAUUCCAAUUGAAAAAAUUCAACAGAACAGAACACUUGACCAAAUUCAAAAACCAAUUGUAACUACAGCUCAGUUAGUUAAGCCGCCUCCUAAGAAACGAGGCCGCAAAAGUAAAAAUGAUAUUCUAACUGAAAAAAUUCAACAGAACAGCAGAAAUAAAACAUCUCAAAAUGUGGUAGAAAGUAACACAUUAAUAGAAGAGGCAGAACCUCCAGCUAAACGAACCAGAAUGAGUCUUAGGCUACGUGGUUGUAAAAAUGAUUCCGUGAACAAAGAACUUGACCAAAUUCAAAAACAUAUUGUAACUACGACUCAAUUAUAUAAGCCACCUCCCAAGAAACGAGGCCGCAAAAGUAAAAUUGAUAUUCCAACUGAAAAAAUUCAACAGAACAGAACACUUGACCAAAUUCAAAAACCAAUUGUAACUACAGCUCAGUUAGUUAAGCCGCCUCCUAAGAAACGAGGCCGCAAAAGUAAAAUUGAUAUUCUAACUGAAAAAAUUCAACAGAACAGAACACUUGACCAAAUUCAAAAACCAAUUGUAACUACAGCUCAGUUAGUUAAGCCGCCUCCUAAGAAACGAGGCCGCAAAAGUAAAAUUGAUAUUCUAACUGAAAAAAUUCAACAGAACAGAACACUUGACCAAAUUCAAAAACCAAUUGUAACUACAGCUCAGUUAGUUAAGCCGCCUCCUAAGAAACGAGGCCGCAAAAGUAAAAUUGAUAUUCUAACUGAAAAAAUUCAACAGAACAGAACACUUGACCAAAUUCAAAAACCAAUUGUAACUACAGCUCAGUUAGUUAAGCCGCUUCCUAAGAAACGAGGCCGCAAAAGUAAAAUUGAUAUUCUAACUGAAAAAAUUCAACAGAACAGAACACUUGACCAAAUUCAAAAACAAAUUGUAACUACAACUCAGUUAUAUAAGCUGCCUCCCAAGAAACGAGGCCGCAAAAGUAAAAUUGAUGUUCCAACUGAAAAUAAUCAAGAGAACAGCAGAAAUAAAACAUCUCAAAAUGUGGCAAAAAGUAACACAUCAAUAAAAGAAGUAGAUCCUCCAGCUAAAAGAACCAGAAGGAGUCUUGGUCUAAGGGGUUGUAAAAAUUAUGUCAUGAACAAUUACGCUCAGCAAAAUUCAACCACAGUUGUGCCACGUCAAUAUAAAAAACAAUUUGUGGAGAAAUCUAAUGAAAAUAAAGAAACAUGCAAAAGGCUUAUGAAAUUUUUUUUUAACAUUUUAUGUAAAAAAAACAAAUGUAUUUCAACUCUGAACAAGGAAGUUACGGGUCUACCUCCACCAUAUGUUGAUGUUAUAAAAUGUCCAGUUGAAUCACGAGAUAUUAAAAGAAAGAUUGCUGCAGGAGAAAUAACAAACCUCACAGAACUUCAAUUAAAUUUUUUGAUCUUAUCAUAUAAUACUAUAAUGAUCAAUAGGUCUGACUCUAUAGUUGUUCGUGAUGCUAGUAAAUUUCAAUAUGAACUUCAAAAUAAUUGUCAGGAACUUAAAGAUGCUAUUGAUACACAUUAUGGUAACAGUAAAGAUGGUGGAAUGAAGAAACUUGACUAUAGUAUUAUUGACAUGCGAUUUCCUGAUUUAAAAGACGAUCCCUGUAAUAAUAAUGUAAUUAUUAGCAAAGAAACAAUCGGUGAUACAUUAUAUAAAUAUACUAUCGAUGAGUGCACUGAUUCUGAUGAUAGUGAUACGCCCACCUAAAAGUUCGUUUGGAGAUAAAAAAGAUACUAAUACAAAAAUGAUAAAUAAAUAUAUUUAUAAAUGAUUAUAUGGCAAACCCAAAAAUGAUAUUUCUGUAAAUAUAUAAUAUGAAUGCGAAUGCUUGUAAAAUACAUUGACUACAUACGAUGGUAAACUAUUGAAACAAAAAAGAGUAUAUGAAAUAAAUGCAUCAAGUGUAAGGUGUAUUAAUAGUAGAAAUAAUACAAAAUUCUUGUAAUUUGACAACCAGCCAUGGUAGAAGUUAACAAAAUCAAGAAACCAUUUAACAUGAAAUUUGCUUCAGCACAAAGAAAUAAAACCAAUGAUAUUCAAGUCUCGAAGACUGAUGUUAAAAAAACCUAUUAGAUUGAAUAAUAGUUCCCUAAAUGUGGUUAAAUUAAUUGAUAAUAGUUGUUCAUUUCCUACCAAUGAAGUUAUUAUUGUUGAUGAUGAUAUAAACAUUAACGAAGAUAAUAGGACAACAAUGAAAGCAGAGGAGUUAUUAAAGCUGAAUCAAAAACCUUUCCAUCAAUUGUUUCAAGUAAUUUAAAAUCAACCACACUUCAAUUGGAUUUAUUUAAUAUUCAUACUUUUGAUGUUUUUUGUAAUUAUAACCCAUCAUAUAUAGUUUAUUAUUAUUAUUAUUAUUAUUAUUAUUAUUUGUAUUAUUAUUAUUAUUAUUAUUAUUAUUAUUAUUAUUAUUAUUAUUUAGUCUACAUAAAUAGAUUUAAGUCCUUAAUUGUAAUAACUAAAAAAAAAAAAAAAAUGGUAUUGGGUUAAUAAAUAGUAAGUAAUUGGGUUUCGUUCCCUUUAAAUUUAUAAUAAGAUAGUUGAUAUAUUAUAAUAAUAGGCGAUAAUCGUUAAAUACAAAGUACCUACUGGCUGCAUAUUUAAAAACACCGUGAAAACUGUAAACCUUCAAAGGGUGAGACUGCAUUAUUUUUUAAACAUUAUUUUAAAGAUAAUGUAGAAUAAUCAAUUAGACGUUGCUCAAGUAAAAACUGCAGUGUUUAAUGUUUAUAAUUAAAAAUUACAAAAAAUCUUGUUUCUGUGUUUAAAUUCUAAUGUUUUUUUUCAUUUUUACAACUAAUUUAAGAUACU